AUGACUUCCACACGAGAAGAUACGAUGGAAUCCCCCAAUGCUGCCACCGUUGAACCACCCAAGGACUUCAAGUCAAUCAAUCCUUCUCCAGAUGAAUGCAUUGAUCUUGACGAAAAUGCGGAGGUGGGGGUUGUACUGGGAUGGCGUACAUGGGUAGUCGUGUUCAUCUCAGCAUAUCUCACGCAAGUACUGACAAACCCUUCUGUGACUCAAAUACUAACAUUACGGAACAGCCUCUUCAUGCAAAUCUUCACCACCGUCGCUGCCCCUUCCACCAUCGCAUUCAUCGUUCAAGAUAUUGGAGAUCAAGCUAUGUCUGCUUGGGUGCUACAGACCCCAUUACUGAUCCAGGCUGUUUUGAAUCCCAUCAUUGGACGACUGUCCGACGUCUUGGAUCGCAAAAUGCUAGUCACUCUCACACCAAUCGUCGCCUUUGCCGGUUCUGUCAUGUCUGCCAGAGCAAAUGAUAUGAACCUGUUGAUUGCUGGAGGUGUCCUCUACGGUGUCACCCUUGCUACCAUCGGAGUCGUUGGCACGAUUCCUGCAGAAAUCUUACCGCUCAAAUAUCGAACAGUGGCCAGCGGUAUUGGCUUCCUAGGUGGUGCCAGUGGUGGACUAGUGGCUGGUCUUGUCGCCGGUGCUUUCUGCAGAACUCCAGGUGGGUGGCGGAAUAUGUUUUGGGUACAGGCAGCCUUACAGUUGCUUGUGUCUGUAUGCUUCUUCGUCUUUUACUGGCCUCCUAAAUCCAAUCGAGAAUUCCCCAAGAUGAGUGUUCGACAAAUUAUUUGGGCCUGCGACCCAAUUGGUUCGUUCCUGUACAUCGGUGGUGCUACCUGCUGCAUCAUGGCUCUCAACUGGGCAUCUGGACUCUACUCCUGGUCGAACCCACAUGUGGUGGCACCCUUGGUCAUCGGCAUUGUCUGCCUCCUGCUGUGUGGCGCCUAUGAAUGGAAAGGUAGAUCGGAUGGUCUCAUGGCUCACGUCUUCUUCCAAGGUGGACGCAACUUCCCGCUCGCACUCUUCGCAGUCUUGGUCGAAGGCUGGAUAUACUACAGCGCCAUCAAUACCAUCAUGAACCAAAUGACGCUUUAUCUUGGCUGGGAAACUGAUGCCUUGAUCAUCGGAGUGCGUCAACUCGCAUACAGCGGCCCUACGAUAAUAGCUUCAAUCGUCGUCAUCUGGUACUCGACCCGAUACAAAGACGUCAAAUGGCCUCUGGUCGCCUCGUUUGUCUUGUUCCUCAUCACCGCCUGCGUCUUCACAGCCACAAAGCGGGACUGGAAUUAUGUCUCACUCGGUAUUUCAGCCGUGUGCGGCAUCGGGCAAGCUGGACCACUCACUCUCCUGGUUGCUGUGGUACAGUACGCGGCACCACAUGCAUACCUCUCAACUGCUACAGGUGCGGCAUUCUCCAUCCGGGCAAUCGGAGGUGCUUUUGGUUCGGCGGUUCUAUACACCAUUGCCUUCGGCCACGUGAAAUCACACUACGGAAACACCGUCGCUCAAGCCGCCAUUGAAGCAGGAUUGUCACCCAAAGAUGUUCCCAUCUUGUUGGGUGUCAUGGCAGGGGGUAACGGCCCACCCACCGAAGGAUCACUUGCCGGUGUGUUGUCGCAAGCCCUACCGUCCGCCACACUGCCAAUCAUCCGAGCUGCGAGGACUGCAGGCCAAAUUGUGUACACAAGAGGGUUCCAACUGGCUUGGGCUAGUGUCAUUCCCAUGGCAGUCAUCUCGAUUGUGUGUUGCGUAUUCCUACAGCAAGUCGGGAGACUGAUGACCGAGAAGGUCGAAGCACCUCUUGAGAAGACACGAGAAGAUGUAGAGGUCAAGAUGUCGUCGAAGACUGAAGAUGAGUGA